GGGUUGGUGGGGUCAGAAAGAGCGGGGGCUCCUUGUUCCGGGACCGCUGGGGGUGCGGGGCGCCUGGGGUGCAGGCCCCAGAACAGAUUUCUGAUCUCUAACCUUGCUGUGAUCAUUGUGAUGGAACAAGGAAAAGAAUUGUUGGUCUCAGAUUCUAAUGGCUUCAUGGAGAAGGAGAGUUUGAAAAGUCCCUUUACAGGAGAUGAAAGUAAGAAUAAUUUGGAAACUUUUCAUCACAAUAAUUCUAAGGCACAUAAAAAGCUAGCUUCAAAAUGGUCUGAAAGAAUUGGCUUACAAAAUUCUGAUCAUGAAGAUGCAAAAGAAAUGCCAUUGACUUGGUCUCAAGAUGAGAUUUGGUGUCAUGAUUCCUGUGAGAAUAAUGUCAAGUCAAAGAACUGGAGAAAUUCUAAAGGGAAAAAAGAGGAAAACCCCAAUCUUCAGGAAUGGUACCCAAGAGAAGAUGCCAGUGCCUCUGUCCAGCAGAAGUCAUCCUUUGGAGACAAACCCUACAAAUGUCCUGAAUGUUGGAAAAGCUUCAAUAAUAGCUCUCAUUUGCGUACUCACCAGAGGACCCACUCAGGAGAAAAGCCUUAUAAGUGCUCUCAGUGUGGGAAAUGCUUCUGUAACAGUUCUCAUCUGAUUCAGCAUCUAAGAAUGCACACAGGAGAGAAGCCCUACCAGUGCGGUGAAUGUGGGAAAAGCUUCAGCAAUACUUCCCAUCUGAUUAUUCAUGAGAGAACUCACACGGGAGAGAGGCCCUAUAAAUGUCCUGAGUGUGGGAAGUGUUUCAGUAGCAGCUCUCACCUUAUUCAGCAUCACAGAACACAUACAGGUGAAAAACCAUAUGAAUGUCCUGUUUGUGGAAAAGGUUUCGGCCACAGCUAUGUCCUAAUAGAACAUCAGAGGACUCACACUGGGGAAAAACCUUACAAGUGCCCUGAUUGUGGGAAGAGUUUUAGUCAGAGUUCCAGCCUGAUACGUCACCAGCGGACACACACAGGUGAGAAACCCUACAAAUGUCUUGAGUGUGGAAAAAACUUUGGUUGUAAUUCUACUCUAAUAAAGCAUCAGAGAAUACAUACAGGAGAAAAACCCUAUCAGUGUCCAGAAUGUGGGAAGAAUUUUAGUCGAAGUUCAAACCUCAUUACACACCAGAAAACACAUACAGGAGACAAAUCCUGUGAAAGUGCUGAAUAUGAAGAAAGUUUGAGUCAGAACUGCAGUGUGGUAGAAGAAUGCAGAAUCCAGCCAGGAGAGAAACCAUAUAGAUGUUGUGAAUGUGGAAAGAGUUUUGGCCUUAGCUCCCAUCUCAUUAGACAUCAGAGAACACACACAGGAGAAAAACCUUACAGGUGUUCUGAGUGCUGGAAAACUUUCAGUCAGAGUUCCACGCUGGUGAUUCACCAAAGGACACACACAGGAGAGAAACCUUAUAAAUGUCCUGAUUGUGGUGAAUGCUUCAGUCAAAGUUUUAACCUUACCAGGCACCGGAGAACCCACAUAGGAGAAAAACCUUACAGAUGUACCGACUGUGAGAAAUGCUUCAGUAGAAGUGCCUACCUCAGUCAGCACCGGAAAAUUCACAUAGAAAAGUCUGUUGAGUUUUCCUUUGAAUGGAAAAACCAUUCAAAGGAAAUGCCUCUUAUACCUUCAUUUUCAGUCUCAAAUUUAUCUUCUUCCUAAGUCCCAAAGCCUGGUUGUUCCCCCUGCCCAGUUGGACCAUUAGGGUUUAAGGUAUUCUGUGAUUAUUGGGCUAUAAAGUUUCUUUUGUGUGUUUGUCAAAACAUUUGGAAAAUGUCAGCCUUCUGGCCUAGAGGCUGGGAAGAUCCCAGAUCACCAGGUUACUGGAUCUGUCCGUGAGAGGUAUUCCCAAGGGUGAAGAAAAAGAGAAAAAAAAUUUUUUUUAAUUUAAGGUAAGAUAGAAAUAGAGUCAAAGGAACACAUAAAGAGUGAUCCUAUGAGUAAGCAACAGGACAGGUGAAAACUAGAAGCUAGUAUUGUUAUUUUACCUUAUUUUCUUUUGCCUUAUUGGGUAGAGACAGACCAUUACUGGCCUCAGGUGUUUAUUCAGAGAAAGGAUCUUUUUGACCAAAUAAUGUGAUAUCCUGGAUGUUUUCUUGGGUCUUAAAAGAUUCAUAUUUUAAAAUACAUUUUUAUUCACUAAAAAUUAUCUUACAGCAUUUAUAACUGUGCUGCCCGAUACCAUAGCUUCUAGCCAUAUGUGGCUAUUUAAAUUUAUAUUAAUUAAUUUAUAUUUAGAUAAAUGCAAUUUUAAAUGCAGUUCCCUAGUCACACUAGCUACUUGCUAAGUGCUCAGUAGCGACAUGUGGCUAGUGGGUGCUGUAUUGGGUAUUAUGGAAGGUUUUUUCUUUCAGGAUCAUCAUUCUUGACUCAUAAAUAUUUCCUACGAGACUGUAGGAAUAUGCUGUGUGGUUUUUGCUCUCCAAAAGGAAUUGCAAUAAAGAAUAGAGAUGGUAUAGAGUUUUGAAGGUGCUAAGUCUAAGAGUUAUCAUUUAUGUGCAGCCAACUGCAUUUUCUAGUGAAUUUCUUGACCAAAGUCAGAAUACAUGUAGUAGGUAAGAUUCCUGAAUUCUGUUUGUAAAUUUUUGGCAGAGUCUUUUCUGGGAGUUUUCCCAUUGUGUAAUUCCUGCUCAGCUCAGGAACUGUUUUUUUGUUUGUUUUUUGUUUUUUGCUUGUUUUUUGUUUUUCUAAUAAUGAACCCACCAAUUCUGAGCCAGUGACCAAGGACAGUUUGCCAGUGGACACUGAGAUUCCUUAGCUCCUGCACUGGCAGUUUUCUUUGGCCUCUUAACAUACUUGGUAUGUGGGUCUCAUAACUGAGAACUCACCUUCCCUACUCAUCUGUACUAUGGCAAAAAUGCUUUGGAAAAUUUUAGAUAUGUCAUAUUCUCUCUCUCCCAACUUUUCUCCUAGUGCAAAAGGCAGAGGGGUAGGAAGGUUAGGACUCCUCAGUUGCCCAUGAUUUCAUCUCACUUUUGAAUUCACAGUAUAUUUUAUUAAGAAUAUGUAGAGAUGUGUAUUAGGAAUGUGGAGCCAGUUGUGGCUGCUGCAAAGGGCUGUGACUAGAGGGGAAUUGUGUUGCAUGGGGAUUGUUUCAUUUUUCAUGAUUGAAUUGUCUGGUUUUGGAUUGUUAUAUUAUUUAAAAAUAAAGCAAAAGCUAACAAAUGAAGAUAUUUAAGAAGUAUUUGGGGGUGAUUGACACUAUUGGACAUCGUUGGCUUUUAUGUGGGUCUCACUUAAGCAUCUUUCAGCCUUGAAUGUUAUAUAGUAUUUGCCAAAUUUUCUUAAAUUUUAAUAGUAUCUCAGGACAAGAUUUUAGAGUAUUUUUUUUUUUUUUUUUUUUUACUACGGACAUCUAAGAGCACUCUCCUCUUCCAGCAAAGUUAAAAUUAAGUCAAAGCUGAGGAUGGUCCAAAGGGUGGGGCUUGGUUAUAGGGAUACAGAUGGAAUCAGAAUGCCUGGCUUGGUGGGCUUGUAGCCACUUCCAGGCAGAGGUAGCUUGUGCGUGCUAAGAUGGUCAGGUUUCUGUUCUAACACUGCUUAAGUCGGAUAAGUCAGUACAUAUUUUCGCAUUUGACAGAUUAAGAGAUGGAAAGGAAGCUUGGUUGCAAAUUGACCGUGAUUGAUUUUGGGCCAUGCUAAGUCAUAAAUAAAUGUUCACAUUAAGAAGACAUUCAUUGGUUAAGCUGGGCUUGGUUCACACCUAUAUGCAGGUGGAUCGCUUGAGCUCAGGAGUUUGAGCUCAGCCUGGUAAGAGUGGCAGUCUUUCUCUACUAAAAACAGAAAAAUUAGCCAGGCAUUAUGGUGGGCACCUGAAGUCCCAGCUACUCAGGAGGCUGAGGCAAGAGGAUCACAUAGACCCAGGAGUUUGAGGUUGCUGUGAGCUAUGAGGUCACAGCACUUUAGUCUGGGAUAACAGAGUGAGACUGUGUUCCCCCUAAAAAGAAGGCAUUUGUUGGUGAAGGCAUUCGUUGAUAAAUACAGGUGAAAGAUUUUCUACUUUAGCAUUGUUUAUUUUCUGAACAUUAAGUAAUAUAUAGAAGUAUGAAGACCAAAAUUAAAAUGACCCCUAAUUUUCUCCAGGGAUUACUCACUGUGAAAGUUCCGGGGUAUUUCCCAACAGCCUCUUUUCUAAGUGUAUGAAUAAACGCUUUAAAAAUUAGAUCAUUCAGUAUAUGAAUAUGUAUAGUAUUGUGUUUUGAUAUUUUUCUUCAUAUUGUUUGUCAUUUUACUGAUUUUAGAAAUAUUAUUAUUGCCUGAGUAAAAGCAAGACCCAUCUCUACUAAAAAGAGAAAAACUAGUCAGGCAUGGUGGUGGGUGCCUGUAGUCCCAGCUACUCUGCAGUCAGAGGCAUGAAGAUCACUUGAGCCCUAGAGUUUGAGGUUGCUGUGAGUGAUGACACCACAGAACUCAACCCCCUAAGGUGACAGAGUGAGACUCUGUCUCAAAACCAACAAACAAUAAAUAAUAGAAAUAUUUAUUAUGAAGCCUGGUAUAGUAGCUUGAGCCUAUCAUCCCACCUAGUUGGGAGGCUGAGGCAAAAGGAUCACUUGAGAGUAGGAGUUUGAGACCACUCUAGGCAAUACAGUGACACCCUAUCUCUAAAAAAUGAAAUAAAAUCAUUAUGAUAAGACAUUUUUAAUGUCUUCAUGAUGAUAUUACACUGAAUGGAUGUGCCCUAACAAUUUAAUUAUCCUAGAGUUGGGCAUUUGUAUUGUUUCUAUUUGUUUACUAUUAAAAAUAAUAAACUCUGAUGUGAACAGAGUUUUUUGGUUGUUUUGUUUUGGUGUUGGGUUAGUGAUUAUUUAGUUUAGUUUUGCUUUUCUUUUUUGUAUGCAAAUCUUAGUGUAUGUGUGUAAUUAUUUUCUCAGGGUGAAUUUCCAGAGGUAGGAUUAUUAAAUCAAAGGUCAUAAAUGAUUUUAAAGGCUUAUUGGUCAGUUGCCUUCCAGAAAUUUCAUCAAUUUAAAUUACUACAGUGAAAUAAUUUUGUUCGACACCUUUUCAGAGGGGAUGGAGAAAAGUAAAUCAUAUGUAAAAAAAAAAGUAUAAUAUAUUACUGUAAUUCAAAGCAGUAAUAUAUUAAUGUAUUACAUUAAUACAAGGUGGACAUACAGUUCAUGUGCUAUUUAAAAUAGUUUAACAUAGUAAAUUACACACAAACUUUAUGGACAUCCUGUAUAUUAAGAUCUAGGGAAAUGAAAUACUGCUCCAAGCCUGAAGUGCUAAGAGAAGGAAUGGUUGAGGAAGGAUCUGGCUAGUUCAGUAUGUAUUGCCAUUGCCACCUGAUUCAGAAAAUGAAGUGCACCCCAAAAGUAGGAGACUCAGUUCAAUUCAGGUUUGGCCAAUGGGUAUCUUUUAGUUUGUAAAAUUCAUGUUGUGAAGGUUGAUUACACAAAAUGGAGUCAUUUAUAUCAUACUCAACCAAAAUGGGGUCUGGAGGCCAUGGGGAAGGCACCCAGGUUACGUCCAGCUGUACUAGAAACUGUUUUGGCAAUUCAGUGGAAAAACCACAGAGACCUAACUGUAUAAGGUUUUUGAAGGGGUCUCUGAAAAGCAAAACUUGCAGCCCCUGUCUGUUAUUCAGAAGGAAGUCUGUAAAGCAGAGAACAACCCUGAGGGAACUAGUUAAAACUGACAAAGCACAGGGCCAGAGAAGAUUAAGGUAGGAAUGAGCUUAUUCAAAGGCAGAUGAAACAACAGGGCAGGGGGUGCCUGUGUAGACUGAGAGGGGGUUGUGAGAAGGGGGGGGUGUCAUUUUUUUUGCAGAGUGAAUGAUGCGUGUCUGAGACUGAUUCCACAACAGAUGCUGAUCUUGUGCCAGGGUGAAAGCACAUGUAGUGAUAGUAAAAUGGAGUCGGGCAGGCUCCAUGACGCAGCUGGUCUGGUUGGUUAGGUCCUGCCUGACCUUCACUGUCUCCCAUUCUUAGAGUUUUGUAAAUUUAGCUCCCACCCUAACGAUGCCUACUUUGAGUAAUUUAGAUGGAUUGAUUUAGGAGAUUGUUGGAGGGCCUAACACAGCCACACACAAACCAUUUUCCCCACCUCCUCCUCCUCUUCUCCUAAAACAAAGACACAGAGGAUCUUGCUAGCUCCACCCCCCAGAAGUUCUCAGGGAACGACCCUAACAUUCCUGGAAUGCUGUGGAAUGUGCCCACCACCCAGGGUUCCAAGUAAAAGUGGUCUCUAACUGCCCCUGGGUGCAGAUGCUAGCUUUGCACCGUCCAGGUGGGUCACUCUCCCCUUUCCAUAAACCUGGCCUGGACAUCUCUGUGGCCUUAUCUCUGGGCACCACUGUUUAUACCUUUCAGAGAUUAACUCUUGAAUUAGAAUGUUGUAAUAGGUCACUGAAUUAUGCUACAAGUUAAUGUGAUCUUUGCUUUGAACUAUGCAAAUUAAUAAAGAAUACCAUAUUGGAAAAAGGGUAGCUUUGGGUAUAUAAGAAGUAGAAAUUUGAGUGAAGAUUGGUGAGCCAUUUUAGCCACCCCUUUACUGUUAAGCCUUGUCUUAACUUUUGCAGAGCAUUUUUAUGUCUUAUCAAUAAACUCUGAAUACUCUACUGUGGUGUGUACUCUUUAUUUCAUCACGAUUGUCCUGUCUACCCAGAAAGGGUAUUUCAACUGAAAGACUCUGGGCAGGGUACACCCUGGAGUGCCUCCUUGAAAGAAAUGUGGAUGGAGUGCCCUUAAGGGUGGCAAAUAGGUUUUCUUUUAUCUGGCUGUCUUUUCACAAAGGACGGUCAGCCAUCCUACUGUGUUUUUAUGGAUCUGUUAGUGGUGUGUCUUUCAAUUCUUUGGCCACCCAAGAACCCGCUGUUUAAGCUCCAGCACGCUUUCAACAUCUUAUCAGGUGUAACUGCUGAUAUUCAUCGAUCAAAACCAGCUGGCUCCUGGAAGACACUGCUAGCACCAAUGAAAUAUCUUUCAAAACAACUUGCCUUCCUCUUUCCCCAAUAAAAUUUCAAACUUUCCUUUUGGUCUUGAGACACUCCUAAUGGCUACACUGGUCUGCAUGUGUCUGUUAUGGAAAGCUCAGCACUUGUCCAUGAAGCUGCAUCAGAAGAACAAGAACAAGUGGUUGAAGAAGGAAAGAGAAGUUUAUUACUCUGCUGGCAAAGAAGAAAAAAUGGAGGACUAUUGUCUCAAAGUCCAAAUUUCCCAUACAUGAGCGGAAACAGCUUUUAUAGGGAGUGCCUUCAGUUCUAGGCUAUUGUUAUUUAACUGCAGUUAAUGAUUCUAAUGCCCAUUUCAGCUAUGACCUCCCUCCUCCUGAGAAGCCUACUGGGACCUCCCCUACAACAGGCCUCCAGACAGUUCAGCUACCCAUCUCCUGCAGCACAAAGAACAAAAGAUGUUCCUCUUCCCCUCAGGACCCGAAGAAGAGACCCAGGUCUCAGUUCCCAAAAACAGUUGGGGAAGUGUUAUAGAGAUUGCCCAUUCCUUCUGGUUAUGUUCUGAAUUGCAACUCUUGUGUAUUCCCAAAUAAACUCUUCGCUUAGAGAUCCAUCUCUAUAUAUUAUUUCAAGUUAACAAUGUUGAAGAAAAAGCAGAAGGAAGAGUUAUGGAAAGAGAGCAAAUACAACUGCUCAGAAGACUAGAACCCUCGUCUUUGCAAUCAUACUGCCAUCAACACUGAAAAGCUUGUAUUUUUGGCUGCAUGGAUUAGUGUUUUUCUCAGGGACCAAAAAAAAAAAAAAAAAAAAAAAUCAGUAUGAGGAGGAGGAAAAGAAAAGUAAGGUAUUGAGAGCACAUGUGGUGGAAAUAAGAUGAAGUCUGUCAGGCUAGGGCCAACAUGAAGCAGCUGGUCUGGUGGGUCCAGGUCCUCCCUGACCUUCACUCCCUGUCUCCUCUUCUCACUGUCUCAUAAAUUUAACUCCCACCUGGAAGGAGUCUAUCUUGAAUAGGUGGAUUGAUUCAGGAGAUUGACUUUUGAAUUGAACUGUUGCUUUGGGUUGUGAGUCAUACUGAUUAUUGUUUACUAUGGGUCAUGGGGUUCUGCUGAUUAUUGUUUAAGAUAAGGAACUUAAAUGUAUAAAACUGUAAUGUUGAAAAUGGAAAAUUAGAACUGUCUCCGAGAGGCUACUCUCACUGUUCUCCAGAAUCCCGGUCUUCUGACAAAAUUCAGUGGACCUAUCCCUGUCUCUGCGUAUUGGCUGACAGUGAUAGGCGGCCCAACCCUCUUCAUCAGGUAACAGCAUGAUUAUUGACAUUGACAAUUAGAGGUAAUACCUGGUUAUUCCCACUAAUUCUUCUUUUUUUGUUGUUGCAGUUUUGGCCAGGGCUGGGUUUGAACCCACCACCUCCGGCAUAUGGGGCCAGCGCCCUACUCCUUUGAGCCACAGGAGCUGUCCCCCCCACCCCACCCCCCACUCAUUCUUCAAACCUGGGCUUAAAAGUAACUUAAUCUGCACCAAGCACACUACCUGAUACUGUUACAGGAAGAUGAGGCCCAAUGGAGAGAAAGAGCACCCAAACACCACGUUUACAGGAGGAAGGGCUUUAUUCACCAGCCAGGAGCUUACGGCAUAGAAGAAUUCCAAAUGGCCACACUCCCCGACUGGCUUGGUCUUUCCCUUUUUAUCAACAGUCAAAAAGUUCCACCCCACAGGUACCCAUUGGCCAGUUUGAAUCAAGCGGGAGAUGCUACUCCAGCCCCUACAGAACUACAGGAUUUCACAGAACUUGGAAAUUUCCGCAUUCCAGGAAGUUAAGUUUACAAAUUCCCAAGAGCUGAGUCACCAUGGAGAGGACCUUGCAAGAGUAUCCUUGUGGUCUCCUUGAGAAGACCUGUUCUCCUAAACCUCACCCUUCUCGGAUAUCCUCUCUCAACACAAAAUAGAUACUUGCUACUUGUUACUUACUUAUUACAUUAAAUUAGAAUUAAUAUGCCCUCUCUGGCUUUAUGAGCCAAAAAAGGAGAAAAAGAAAGCAAAAAUAAAGUUCCAAAUAAAGUUUCUUACUUGCAACUAGAAUUUGAAGAAGAUUAUAUAAAUGCUGAGAAAAUAUCUAUUAUAUGAUUUGAGUUAAAAAAGUCUUUGGAUAAAGUGGUGAGUAAGAAAGUUUUGAGAGUUUCAAACUAAUGUAUUUCUAAUGUGUUUCAUAUAAAAAGUGAAAUGGGAAUUGCCUAAUUUGCUACUAAAAGGGAGGUGGAGGACAAAAUGAAAAAAAGGAAAAGUUGUAUUCAAUACAUUGAAACCGGCUUACCAUACAUCAAAUGCUGAAUAUGUAACUGUGAAUAAGACAUGAUCCUUGGCUUACAGAGUUGAAUCCUCUAGAAUAGGAUAUGUGAACAGAUAAUUAAUGCAAAAUUGGCCACUGCCACAAUGAAGAGGUGGAGUUAUGAAAACUUAAAGAAAAACAGAUGAUGAUUAAUCUGGAUCUUAAGGAAGGGAUAGUUGAAGAAAGGGGGGAAGACUUUUUCCCACAUGGGGAAUGGCACUUAAGAUACAGGGUGUCAAUAGAAAAGAAACCAUAAUCUGUAAAAUAAAGAGGUUUAUUCUGAGCCAAAUUUGAGGACUGUGGCCCAGAGCCAUGUCCAAGAAACCUUUAGCAAGUGGACUUGUUGUGGUGGGGUUAUAGUUUGGUGUUAAACAUUUCAGGGAGACAGGAAUUACAGGUAAAGUCAUAAAUCAAUAUCUGGAAGGUGUACAUUAGUUUGGCCUGAAAAGGUAGGACAUUUGAAAGUGGGGGACUUACAGAUUAUAGGGGGUUUAAACAUUCUUUAGCUGAAAAAGUGAGACUUUGUCUAAUAUACCAGGAGUCAGUGAAAAGAAAUGCUGAUUUAAGACAAAGAUCUAUAAAUCAGAGACAAACUACAGGACAUAUGCCCAGAGGAGUGAUUGUGUAUGUUGAGGACCUGCAGAUAUAUCUGUUAAUGAAUCACAAAGGACAUCUCUAGGAAGGGAGGAGGAUAUGAUGUCUGAUCUCCUUGUUCAGGGCUAGAAACUCAGUUUUACUCCUAGGCCAGGAAGGGGCCCAGUCAGCCACGGAUGGAGGAGGGAGCCUUAAGAAUUGAUUUUAGUUAACAAGGGCUAACCUGCUGUGCCAGACUAAAGGGACAGUGACAUCAGAGGUGCUUAAGCAAGGGAAUAGAAAGUGAAUCUUUGUUAACUUUUUUUUUUUUUUUUUGAGACAGAGUCUCAAGCUGUUGCCCUGGGUAGAGUGCUGUGGCAUCACAUCUCACAGCAACCUCAAACUCUUGGGCUAAAGCGAUUCUCUUGCCUCCGCUCCCAAGUAGCUCAGGCGCCCACCACAACACCCAGUCACUUUUCGGUUGUAGUUGUUGUUUGGCAGGCCCGGCUGUAUUUGAACCUGCCAGCUCCAGUGUAUGUGGCUAAUGCCCUAGC